AUGUUAAUUAGUCGUGAUUAUUUGGAGUUUCAAGAGUACUCAACACAGAAUGGGCAAAAAGAACGCUCGGUGCUUUGUUUAGAAGUUCUCGCUGCAGCUAAUCAAAACAAGGACUUCCAGCCGAAAGCCACCAAGUUUCAGAAGAUCAGCGUAAUGAGAGGUCGCCCAAUCAAUACUUGCGACAUUCGAGGCUGCAACGGACUUCCCUAUCCGGAAAAAUUGACCCGAGGUACCAAGGCUGCCAUGGAAACGUCCGAAAGACCCAUAUAUGUGGAAGUCGAGAGAGCGACGUGCGAGAGUGAACGAAUUACGCUGGCACUAAAACCGAUGUCCAGCAGGCUAGCAGUCUUUGACACAGUAAAGAACUUGGCUGAAGAACAGGGCACCAUCGUGUAUCCGCAACUCCCAAGCGUUCCUGUUCGCCAUGGAUUUUCGACAUGA